AUGAGGACAUUAUGGAAUAACCGAGUGAGUCCGAAUGUUAUAUACUCUAUGCAUCACUUACGAAGUGACAAAUCAACCUUAGUUGUUGGUGGAAUCGAUGGUGUGUUAAGAUUCUUGGACCAAGACACUGGCAAGGUUUUCUCUAGGUGCAUAAUGAAUGAAACCAGCAGUGUUUCAAAUUCCGCGAUUGAUUCAUAUGGAGUUGUCCGAAUAAGGAAAGCAAAGAGGCUUUCAGAAGAUGCUCGUAUUGAUCUUCUUCCUAGAACUUGCCGACCUCCCAUCAGAUGCUUGGCUGUUGGAAUGCAGAAGCUAGAGGUGGAAAUGUUUGGAGCCUUUUUGGAGUUUUCAGCACCUAAAAAGUACUUGUCCAGAAGGAUUGCAUUCCGUUUGACAGUAGAAGACCAGAAGUCCUGA